AUGGCGACCGCCCUCGCUCGCCGCGCUCUGUCGCAGCGGAUCGCACUCGCUUCGACCUCGAGCGCUGGAUUGUCCUCUUCCUCGGUCGCAGCAGCAACAGGGAUCGCCAAGGCUUCGUUCUCCACUUCCACCCCGUCUGCAGCACCGCCCCCCUCGUCCGAGACGCUUCGACCGCGCCGUCAGUUGACCUUUACCAAAAAAUCGGGCCAGUCCAACUUCAAGACGUUCCUGCCCAUCAGUCCCGGUUUGCGUCACUUGCGACAACCCAUUUCAGAACACCUGCACAAAGGAGGUCCGCAUCGACCGUUGACCGUUGCCAAGCGCGCUACGGGUGGUCGCAAUGACUCGGGCAGGAUCACCACUCGUGCUCGAGGCGGUGGACACAAGCGAAGGAUCCGUCUCGUCGACUUUCGACGCAACGAAACGGGGGAGCAGGACGUCGUCAGGAUCGAGUACGACCCGGGAAGAUCGGCACAUAUCGCUCUGUUGCAGCAUCGCGAGACCAAGUGCUUCAGCUACAUCCUCGCCCCCGCGGCGCUGCGAGCCGGUGAUGUCGUCCAGUCUUUCCGAUCCGGAUUCCCAGACUCGUUCAUGAUCGCGUCCACUGCUGCGCCGACGACCGCAGUACUCUCGGCCCCCGUCGUUGAUCCGGGAGCACCCCAGACUGUCCUGCCCCCCUCUUCUGCUCUGUCCUUGCCCGGCGUCCGGCUCGCACCUGUACCCGCCCGAGCAGCUCCGACCCCCUCCGCGCCGAGUCCGUCUUCGACCUCGAUGGCCCAGAUCGAUCUCGGUGUUUUGCGCUCAGUCGCUAUCCGACCAGGGAACUGUCUCCCCAUCCGUAUGAUCCCCGUCGGGACCGUGAUCCACGCCAUCACGCUCGCCCCCAAAGGAGCGGCCGUACUCGCUCGCUCGGCAGGAUCCUCGGCGCGCAUCAUCUCCGCGCAAUCGGCGAGCGGCAAACACGCGCAGAUCCGUCUCUCCUCCGGCGAGGUACGACUCGUCAGUUUGGAAUGUUUUGCCAGUAUCGGUACGGUCAGUAACGCGGAUCAUCAGCACCGAAACCUCGGCAAGGCCGGUCGUAAACGUUGGUUGGGUUUCCGCCCUCAAUCGCGGGGUGUGGCGAUGAACGCGACCGACCACCCUCACGGUGGUGGACGUGGUAAAUCGAAGGGUAAUAACCACCCGAUGACGUACAACGCCAAGGGCGCCAAGGGACAACGUACGCGUGCGCCGGCGAGUAAGAACGGUAACAAGUUCGUCGUCAAGGAACGACCGAAGCGGUCGGAGAAGCGUAGGGGUGGUUAG